CUGAGCGAUCAUAGAAUUGACAGAUGCCGUAGAGAUCGUUUACAAAUAGGAACACUUUUACUCACCGCAGUUUGUUUCCGCCCGGACGUAAUUUACAGAAACUCAGGCUGCCAGCUGAUUCGAGCUGUGUAGACGUGUACUAGUUAUCAUCCAUCGCUUGUAAUCUUUCUUUAAUUGUUAAGGCUUCGCAAUCUAGGCAUUUUACAUUUGAACAACGGAGUAGCUAGUGUGCCUUAUUCCUUAUAGAAACAUGACCUCAGUCGAAGAACUGAAGCUACGAGUGAGGGAGCUGGAGAAUGAGUUGAUCAAGUGUAAGCAAAAGCGAUGUACGGCGAUGUGUGCCGAGGAACCUGCUGACAACAACCAACCUCAUCACAGACCAAGGAUCGACAAAAUGAGUGCUGAAGUAGUAGAUUCAAACCCUUACAGGUAGCUAUGUUAGCUGUCAAAAUCUAACGGCCGCGAAUGGAGUCAUUUGUGAUAAAUACACAAGACUAGCUACCUGAUCUGGUUGACUCCCUAGAAAAAUGGCCGGCACAUCCCAUAUGGUGUAAACUGCUUACCUCAACAUGUUCUUUCUUACCUUGCAGUCGUCUGAUGGCUUUGAAGCGAAUGGGCAUUGUUGAAGAUUAUGAGGUAAGAUAUUAAUUUCUAUUAUCUGAUACACAUAAAUGUUGCACAAUUCCAGUAUUUCCCCAAUAUUCCGAGGCUUUCUAGAAAUAACUUGGAGGAUUCCUGGAUUUCAGGAAUGUUUUAACUUUAUACAGAUCUAAUAUGACAAUAACAUGGCAUGUGUUUCUAUCCUACUGUUAAACAGAAAAUCCGGACGUUCACUGUAGCUGUGGUGGGUGUUGGAGGAGUUGGAAGCGUGACUGCAGAAAUGCUCACAAGAUGUGGCAUUGGUAAGGUAAUACAAAUUUCACAUUACUACAUCAACAUGUCUUUAUAUCAUCCGUUUCACCCUUAUGCUGCCGAUGGACAAUGUCCAUCAAUGCAACAUGCAUUGCGUCAUUCUACCUUAUGCGCCUUCUCUUUGUACAGCUCAUCCUGUUUGACUAUGACAAAGUGGAGCUGGCCAAUAUGAACAGGCUGUUCUUCCAGCCUCACCAGGCUGGCCUCAGCAAAGUAGAGGCAGCGGAACACACACUCAGGUACAGUUACCUGUUAGGGGGGGGGGGGGGGGGGCUGGUUAAUGCACCCCAUGUGUGAUACCCCAGAUAUUUACAUAGUUUUAUAUUAUAUCAUGUCACUAUAAGGUGCUUGCAUAUUUUUUUAAUUAUGUCAACAGGACUAUCAACCCAGAUGUGCAGUUUGAGACCCACAACGAUAACAUCACCACCAUGGACAAUUUUGCACAUUUCAUGGAUCGCAUAAGGUGAUAAGUGCUGUCCUCUCCUUUCUCAUAAGUGCCAUACUGCUUGUGUGGUCAUUUGUACAGAGCGUUUUCAGUAUUGAAUUGCUCCACUGUGCUGUUCCAUACAGCAUGAGUGUUUUCUCUCUGUUCUCUGACUCUCAAAUUCAAGUUGAUUAGAAAACAUCAUUGCAUAACAGUAUGAAAUUGGAUACUGUAAUGUACAUGAUGAGGACAACUCUGAGAUAAACACAUACAGUGCCUUCGGAAAGUAUUCAGACCCCUUGACUUGUUCCACAUUUUGCUAUGUUACAGCCUUAUUCUAAAAUAGAUUAAAUAAAUGUUUUGCCUCAUCAAUCUACACACAAUACCCCAUAAUGACCAAGUGAAAACAGGUUUUUAGAACUGUUUGCAAAUUUAUACAAUAAAAAAAACAAAUACCUUAUUUACAUAAGUAUUCAGACCCUUUGCUAUGAGACUCGAAAUUGAGCUCAGGUGCAUCCUGUUUCCGUUGAUCAUCCUUGAAAUGUUUCUACAACUUGAUUGGAGUCCACCUGUGGUAAAUUCAAUUGAUUGGACGUGAUUUGAAAGGUACACACCUGUCUAUAUAAGGUCCCACAGUUGACAGUGCAUGUCAGAGCAAAAACCAAGUCAUGAGGUCGAAGGAAUUGUCUGUAGAGCUCAGAGACAAGGAUUGUGUCGAGGCACAGAUCUGGGGAAGGGUACCAAAAAAUGUCUGCAGCAUUGAAGGUCCCCAAGAAUGCAUUGCCCUCCAUAAUUCUUAAAUGGAAGAAGUUUGGAACCACCAAGACUCUUCCUAGAGCUGGCCGCCCGGCCAAUAUGAGCAAUCGGGGGAGAAGGGCCUUGUUCAUGGAGGUGACCAAGAACCCGAUGGUCACUCUGACAGAGCUCCAGAGUUCCUGUGUGGUGAUGGGAGAACCUUCCAGAAGGACAACCAUCUCUGCAGCACUCCACCAAUCAGGCCUUUAUCGUAGAGUGGCCAGACGGAAGCCACACCUCAGUAAAAGGCACAUGACAGCCCGCUUGGAGUUAGCAAAAAGGCACCAAAGGACUCUCAGACCAUGAGAAACAAGAUUCUCUGGUCUGAUGAAACCAAGAUUGAACUCUUUGGCCUGAAUGCCAAGCAUCACGUCUGGACGAAACCUGGUGCCAUCCUUACGGUGAAGCAUGGUGGUGGCAGCAUCAUGCUGUGGGGAUGUUUUUCAGCUGCAGGGACUGGGAGACUAGUCAGGAUCGAGGGAAAAAUGAACGGAGCAAAAUACAGAGAGAUCCUUGAUGAAAACCUGCUCCAGAGCGCUCACAACCUCAGACUGGGGCGAAGGUCCACCUUCCAAGAAGACAACGACCAUAAGCACACAGCCAAGACAACGCAGGAGCGGCUUCGGGACAAGUUUCUGAAUGUCCUUGAGUGGCCCAGCCAGAUCCCGGACGUGAAUCCGAUCUAACAUCUCUGGAGAGACCUGAAAAUAGCUGUGCAGCAACUCUCCCCAUCCAACCUGACAGACCUUGAGAGGAUCUGCAGAGAAUAAUGGAAGAAACUCCCCAAAUACAGGUGUGCCAAGCGUGUAGCGUCAUACCCAAGAAGACUUGAGGCUGUAAUCGCUGCCAAAGGUGCUUCAACAAAGUACUGAGUAAAGGGUCUGAAUACUUAUGUGAUAUUUCAGUUUAGUAUUUUGUAUAAAAUUGCAAAAAAAUCUAAAAACCUGUUUUUUGCUUUGUCAUUAUGGGGUAUUGUGUGUAGAUUAAUGAGAGGGGAAAAAAACGAUUUAAUCAAUUUUAAAAUAAGUCUGCAACGUAACAAAAUGUGGAAGAAGUCAACUGGUCUGAAUACUUUUCGAAUGCACUGUACAAUCACAUAACAAUAAUCUAGGAAGGGGGUUAUUUUGGUUAAAGUUUCAGCAUCUAGAGAUGUAGGAUCUUAAUUUGAGCCAGUUUGCUACAGCAGGAAGAUAAUCCUGCAGCAACAAGAAAUGUGAAUUAUUAUGUGAUUAUAAUUAAUGGACAUUUUUGUAGAAGUCUGAAAUUUCAAAGUGGAAAUUAUAAAAUUCGAAAGCCUUUUCAACCCUCGAAUACACUACAAGUUUUACAGGAAUGUUCUCCUGCAACAGGAUGAUCAAAUUAAGAUCCUACGUCUUUACCACUGGGAAGCCUACAUUACAAAUAACUAAAAACAUUUCCACAUGUUCGCUACAAGGUCAGUCUGUAUGCUCUUCUGUUCAUCUGUGUGUUGUCUCAGUCAUGGGGCGCUUCAAGAAGGAAAGGCUGUGGACCUGGUCCUGAGUUGUGUGGACAACUUUGAGGCCCGGAUGGCCAUCAACACAGUCAGUACUAACAUAUAUCCCUCAUUCCCUGACUAUAAAACAUACAUUAUUGAGUUGGUGAAGAUCAGAUGAUGUAUGUUGGUCAUCUUCUUGCUGCCUAGGCGUGUAACGAGCUGAGUCAGAUCUGGAUGGAGUCAGGUGUGAGUGAGAACGCUGUGUCUGGACAUAUCCAGCUCAUCAUCCCUGGGGAGACGGCCUGCUUCGCAGUACGUCACAACACAAACUUACUGUAUAGGCAAAAGACAGUGUUCGAAAAUGAAUUGUGGCAGAUGGCGGUACACUAACCCAAUGUUACAUUUUAUGCCUUUCCAUAACCCUAACCCUUAUCUUAACUCACUGAAGCUAUUCCUAACCUUAACCCAACCCUUGUUCUUAACCUUAAUUAAUUUUCACCCCUAUACCCUUUUCCACCCCUAUGCCUAAACUUACGUUUUUUCUUUCUGGCAGCUUAAUAUAUACUUCCUAAGCAAUAUUGUUCUCUACUCCAUAUAAAUUGAUGUCUGUGAACUUACCCAAAACACAAGCUUUGUUUGCCAUAGAUGACAUGAGUUGAUGCUAUGGAGUUGAAAGUGAUCACCUGGGGUGUAUUCAGUGAUGAAACAUUCUGAACGUCUGUUCUACACGGUACAUUUCUAUCUGAACGUUCUGUAAUGUUACAUCCUCUGAACAUGGCCCUGUUGAUGUCAAUGCUGUGCAGUGUACUUAUCUCCUCCUCAAUGUGACAGUGUGCUCCUCCCCUGGUGGUGGCGGCCAACAUUGAUGAGAAGACCCUGAAGAGGGAGGGGGUGUGUGCUGCCAGCCUACCCACCACCAUGGGCGUGGUGGCAGGGAUCCUGGUCCAAAACGUCCUCAAGUAAGAUCUGAAUGACAUUUGUUUGUAAAUGAGUCCUGCUUCAUAUUCAUUAGGCACCAAAUGGUAUACAACGUAUUGAAACCGGGAGGGACUACCUGAACUUGUCCAAUAAGAAACACUUCAUUUUCUGGUGUGAAGCUUUUUGCUAUGAUGCGCUCUAAUGAAUACGACCCUGAUCAUAGCCCACAAUUCACAAAUACCCAUAACAGGGUUUCCUAUGAAGAUAUUCUAGUAGUGGUUUGUGGUCCUCAGGUACCUGUUGAAGUUUGGCACAGUCAGCCACUACCUGGGCUACAAUGCUAUGCAGGACUUCUUCCCAACUAUGGCCAUGAAGGCCAACCCCACUUGUGAUGACCGCCACUGCAGGAAACAGCAGGAGGACUAUAAGGUGACUGACCAAGGAGGCCUCUCUCUCGCUCUUUUCUUCUCUCUCUCUCUCUCUCUCUCUCUCAUAUAUCAUGACCUGGGCUGUGUGAGGGAUGUACAUGACCUGGAACAGUUGUAAUUCAUUGGUGUGUGUGCUUUGUGGCCCAAAGAAAAAAGAGGCAGAGCGGCCGAAAAAGGUUGCAGAGGAGGCGGUAGAGGCGGCGGUGGUUCACGAGGAGAACGACUGGGGUGAGUUAGCUAGAGCGUUGAUAUUACCUAAAUGUAUUGUCCAUUGUAAGUGAUCCUGUCUAGCUACCAUUACUGACCUAUGUUUUUGCUCUGUUAGGUAUUGAGCUUGUGUCGGAGCAGACAGACGAGGAACUCAAGGCCGCCUCAGGCCCAGUCCCUGACCUCCCAGAGGGCAUCACUGUGGCCUACACCAUCCCUGAGAAGGUCAGUACCAUACAAACCUUAUAAGAAUACUAUAUUAUUGUAGCGAUCUCUUAACGAAUGGCGACAAUGCAAUGCUCCUUGUUGGUCUCGAACCUGGGUCUUCCAGCCACUAGGCAGACCUUCUAAACACUGCUCCAAUAAGGCAUCUCAAGUAAGUUUAGACUAAUAAUGACCUUUGUCUUCUUGUCCAGGAGACAGGGGCAUCAGGAGGGGAGACGGUGGAGGAAACGGAACAGAGUCUAGAGGAGCUGAUGGCUCAGAUGAGGAAGAUGUAACUAGGACCAGACAAUCAUCGUUAUCAUCGUCAUGCAUCGCUUAUCUCAGCAACAUCGCAGUGAACCUACACAGCAAAUUGGCCAGUGUUACCUAGUGUUGAUAUUUCAGUGUAACAUUUCUGUUGAUUCAGGAGGUAAAUUAACUCAGUUUUAAAUUAACACUCAGUUGUGUAAAAUAACCCCAGUGUUGGUAUUAAUAACCAAAUGCUGGAUAUCCCCACUCUGGCUGGAUUCCAAUAGGAAUUACACAUAACUUUGCAAGCCAGCAUAAUGUGACUUGCAGGUCUGAUGUGGCCUGUAAACCAUGAGUUUCAGGCCACUGUAUUAGAGUAAAACUAGGCCCACAAAAUAAGGCCUUUUGAAAUACGUUUUGUAUU